AUGGAUAAGACUUUGGAUGAGGUUGGUGUGCUUUUUUUCACCAACGCCACCGUUCGCCUUCUCACUGCGUGGUAUCUGCAGAUCAUAGCCACCCGCCCCAAGGGCAUCCGUCGUGCAACUUCUCGCCGUGGAUCCGCCAAGCAGCAAGUCUUGGGAAACGGCCCCGUUGCUUCUCGCACGCGUGCUGCUACCGGCACUGCGAAUGGCACGAAGGCCCCUGCCGCUACUACCGCUACGUCGCAACAGCCAGCCGACAAGAUCAUCGUUUCCAAUCUUCCUCCUGAUGUCAACGAGCUUCAAAUCAAGGAAUUGUUCCAUACGACCGUAGGGCCCCUCAAGGACGUGACUCUUCACUACGACAGCCAGGGACGCUCGAAAGGCGUCGCUGCUGUCCACUUUCAACGUCGCGGUGAUGGUACCAAGGCAUUCCAGCAAUACAACAACCGCCUCAUUGAUGGAAGUUAG